AGACUCGAUUGCGGUCUUGCACGGACAGGAGGUGAACUUGUCGCUUUUCGCGCCUUGCAAGGAGUUUGCAACGCUAUGGCUAUCCCGGCUUCUAUCUCUGUCAUAUCGACGAGCGUUGCUAAAGGCCGCUCACGUAACCUUGGCUUUGCAUGUCUUGGAUUCUCAGGACCGCUUGGUUCCUUACUUGGUCUUGUUCUCAGCGGUGUCUUUGUGGACAGCGUCGGGUGGCGGCCGGUAUUUUAUCUUGUCGCGGCAAGCAGUUUUGCCCUAUGUGGGCUUGGCCUCUGGGUAUUGCCACGGAAUGUCCAGUGUCAGGCUGAUCGCAGUCGCAGUAUCAGGAAGCAGCUGAUGUUCGACAUCGAUUGGGUCGGGACACUGCUUGUGGGCUUUGGACUUGCAACCAUAUCCUACGUUUUGGCAAUGCUAUCAUCUGAUACGCACAAGAUCCGUAGGAAUCCAAAUAUGGCGCUCUUGGUCCUGGGUAUCUCUUGUAUUCCGGCUUCCAUCUGCUGGAUGAGCUACCGAGUGAAGCACGAUCGUCCAGCCCUCAUACCCAAUGCACUUUGGCGAGAUGCCAGCUUCACAAGUGUCUGUGUGAUGAUAGCUUUCGCAAACGCAGUCAUCAAUGGUAUGGAGCUGUACAGCGGUCUGUUCUUCCAACAGGUCCAAGCCAUCUCAGCGCUUGAGGCUUCACUGCGCAUCCUUCCCGCCCUUGUCAUGGCUGUCAUGGCAAACAUCACAUGUGGUUGUUUUGUCAAUCGCAUGCCGGUCAUGUGGGUGGUGGUUGUCUCCUCGGCAUUGUCUGCCGUCUUACCACUUCUCAUGGCUCUAGUCAAACCUGAAUGGUCAUAUUGGAACAUGGCAUUCGUUGCACAGGUGCUUCAACCAUUGAGUACCAACGUACUCUUUACGAUUGACAUCUUGGUUAUCUCUGCCGUCUUCUCUCCGCGUACGCAAGCGCUCGGCGGUGCAGUCCUCAACACAUGCUCCCAGCUCGGCACUUCGAUCGGAUUGACCAUCACGGCCGUCGUUACCGACUCUCGAACCGCUGCAACUACCUCAGAUGACUUGUCCCACACUCUAAUGGUUGGAUAUCGUCUAGCCUUCCGGGUCCUGUUUGGAUGGAUGGUAUUGGUCUGUCUUGCGGGCGCAUUGGGGCUAAGGAAUAUAGGUAAAAUUGGCACCAAACAGGACUGA